GCUGGGCUAGCUCAGCAGCAUGCAGCUCUGGCUUGUAAAGUGAGGAAUGUAGAGUUGUUUCUUACUUCACUUUAGUCGGGUUUCCCCCUCAGUUCUCCAGUCGAGCAAUGCCUGUUAAGAAGAAGAAAGCCAAAGGUGGUGGAAAGAAGAAAGGUGGGAAGAAGAAGGCUGCAAAAGCAGCAGCUGAGAAAGAGGAAGAAUUGAUUAAAUGUAGAGCCUUUUUAAAGGCUUAUCAACGGAACUGUAUUCUCCCUGGUAGGAUCUGUUCUCCAGAAUUGGUUAAGCUGCUAAAAGAGGGUAUUGUGGGUGAGAAACCUGCCCCUGUGAAGUUUGCCCUAGAUGGGUCAACAGUCGCACAAUCCAGCGGGUCACCUGAUCCCACCACUCCCCCCACUAGGAAGAUGCUGCAACCUCUGGCUGACUCCUGGGUGGAGACUAAAUACAGCUUUGUUCGUUGCCUUUAUGUCUGGAAUUUGGCCCUCGACGAUGAUGCCAUUGUAUCUCUGGCACUCUAUUUUGAGUCUGCUGUGGGUAUCACGAUGAAAGCUUUGGAGAUACGAGAAGCUGGGCUAUCACCUUGGGCAAUCAGCAGAUUAGCAAGGUCACUAAGAAGAGUUCAAUUGUCGUCACUCAACCUUGACUAUAACAGUAUCCCCCAGGCCAGUUUGGUACAACUUUGUGACGGUCUUCGAUUCUCCCGUACGAUUCAAACCCUUAGCCUCAACUUCUGUGAGAUUAACUCACACUGUGGGGAGAUACUGGGGUCCUACAUAGCCACUUCUGGAGUCAGGGAGGUGUCACUAAUUGGCAACACCUUGACCUGCUAUGGCUGCUCUGAGCUGAUCAAGCCACUGGUGGUGGUCAUAUGUGAGGCCAUUGAAUCACUAAUACCAACUCCCACUGAACAUUCCGACAAGGCUGAGGGAGAGACAAAAAUCGAGCCUGCACCACUUCCUCCACCACCAGCUCUUACUAAGCUUUUCCUACAGGACAACAGUAUUGACGUGCACAGUCCUUGCUCAAAAGGGAGCUUCAACUCUGUACUCUGUACCAGAGAGAUUAAAAAACUCCUAAUGAGUAGUGCUUGCUUGGAGGAACUUCGUCUGGAGGGAAAUUCUAUCGGCGACGGGGGAGCAAGAGAAGUGAUGGAGGGCUUAACACUGAGGAAGGAAGGUGGUCUCCCUACCAUGAGAGUGGGCGUGACCAGCUGUGUGUCACCUGACCUAUUUGCUGCCAUAGUAGAGUUGACCUCAUCUAAAGCGGCCAAGAAGAAGGGCAAGAAAAAAAGAAAAAAGAAAAAGAAGUGACCACCUACAUGUAUUUCAAGGCCUAAACUGAUCGCUUAUAACUGUUCACUAAUUAUUUUUUCCAUUCAUUAACAGCAUCCUAUUAAUUUUAUUUAUAUCAUUGUUUUCUUUUCAACCCAUGCAAACAGUCAUGUUACAUUAUUAUGCU